CCCUGCUGUACACGAUUCGGAACUCGGUAUCGUGUUAUGAUUCUUGGGGUUGUAUGAUUGUCGCUAUAUGUGAUACCGAGAUCAACACUUCUGGAAAAAGGUGAUCCAUCCGAUGGAUACCGAACAGCACCAGCACCAGCACCCGCAGCACCAGCAUGCUAAGCGAGAGCUAGACCGAGGGGGAGGAGCAGAAAAAGACAAGCAGCAGUCCCCGGAACCCCCUCGGAGCAAGAAGCGGGCUAAAUAUACGUCGGUUGCUUGCAACGAAUGCAAACGCCGCAAACUCAAAUGCAGCGGCGAGACCGUCUGCUCGCGCUGCGCGCGUGACCAGGUGCGCUGCGUCUACGCGCCCAGCGUGCACGCCGAGGAUGGUGUUAUGGAUCGGAUCCUGUCGACGCGGUUGCGCACGGUGGAUGCGCAGAUUGAGGCGCUGCAGCGGGAGAUGCGGGCUUUGGUGGGGAGGUUGAGGGUUUUGGAGGGGAAUUCCCCAGGGAUGGGGAUGGGAGCCACUGCUGUUGGUGGUGGUGGUGGUGGUGGUGCUGCCGCCGUAACAACCCCCGCCAACCACAUCCCCACCGCCGUCUCGACCGUCUCCUCCACCUCGGCCAGCGCGGGCCUCCAUCGCAUCAUGAACCGGCCCAAAUCGCCGACGUAUAUUGGUCCCACGAGCGCGGAGUUUGGGAUUGCAAACAGGAAGCAGUCGCAUGCGGGGGAGGCUGAGGAGGAGGAGGAUGAAGAAGAUGAGGACCUGGAAUCCACCGCCGCGCCGAGUCCCAUCCCCGUUGCCGACGGCGAGGGCGAUCCGCUCCGAUGUCUGGGGUCGACCGAGGCGUUGCGCCUGGUGACGGUCUACGAGCAUACGGUCGGGCUUAUCUAUCCGUGCGUCGAUCUGGACAGCGUGCGCGCGUAUGUGGUGGAUUACUUUCGCGACGAUCUGUCGAAGUCGCCGGCUGUAGGGGUCGGAGGCGGUGCAGAGGAUGAUUGGUUCUUUGCGCGCGAUGCGGAGGUGUUGAAGAUUCUUCUGGCCACCGCGUUGUUGGCGGAGUCGCAUGGAAGGAGUGAGCGCGCGGCCCUUUUGGCAGAUCGCGUGGAGGAUCAGUUCGGGAUGCGUAUGAAGGUGCCGGAGGUCGAUAUGAAGGAGUUGUUGAUUUUGGCUUUACUUUCGAUCUUCCACUCCUACCGCGACGACGAGGUCAUCGCCUGGCGCACCAUCGGACUCGCUGUGCGCGGCUCCAUGCAGCUGGGUCUGCACUGCCAGGAGACCUGGCAGAAGACCGGGGGUGUGUUUCCUGGGGAGCUGCACCGCACCUGGGCCAGCCGCCUGUUCUGGUGCAUCUACGUGCUGGACCGCAAGUGGUCGUUCGGCACGGGGCUCCCCUUCGCCAUCCAGGACGCCGACAUGGACACCAACCUGCCCGAGCCCGACACGACCACCCCGUACCUGACAUGCAUGAUCUCCUACGCGCGCCUGAGCUCCAAGAUCUGGGGGCUAGUCGUGGGCUGGCGCACACGGCCCCGCGCCGCCACCACCGACUACUGCGCCUACCUCGACUUCCAGGUCCAGCAAUGGAUCCAGUCCAUCCCGCCGGAGCUGCGCUUCGACCCGGCCCACCGCGCCACGGCGCGGGGCGACUCGCCGACCCACGCGGACAGCAUGAUGACCCUGCAGGUCCUGCUGGCGCUGCAGGCCAACCAGCUGCGCAUCCUCGUCUACCGCCAGUACCUGCUGAGCGGCGAGAGCAUCGAGGACAGCGUCGCGGGCGCCUCCAUCGCCGUCGAGACCGCGAAGAGCACCGUCCACAUGCUGGACUACUUCAGUCGCGUGUCCGAGAUCUACUACCAGCGCCCGGAGCCGUUCAACUACUUUCUCAUCUCGGCCCUGGCCGCACUGUUUCUGGCCGUGCUGCACGGCCCCGCCCGGUUCUCCCAGGUGUGUCGCCCGGAAUUCUACAAAGCAGUGGAGAUGGUGCGCCGGUCAUCCACAAGAGCACGCACUUCGCGCCGCCUCCAGAAGAUCAUCCGCAGCUUGAAGAUCAUCCGCUUGAACCUGGGGAAGGAGGCGAAGCUUCACCCGUCCCCGAAGGGUGGAAUUCCCAGAGAGAUGCCCGGGGAAUACGCACAGGGAUACACUAACAUCCAUGUCCCCUCGAUCCGAACCGGACCAGAGGGUCAGACGCGGACGCAAUUGCAUCCGCAACCCACGCAGAGCUCGUCGCAUGGAGUGUGGUCGUUGGCGUCGACGGCGACGGAUUCCACGCCUGCUGUGGAGAACGGGUGCGAGGAUCUGACGACUUUCUUCGAGAUGGCGGGCGGGCUGUACUUUGAUCCCAGGGUGCAAGCGGGCGGGGAGGGCGUGGCGGUGUUGGCCGAGGGGUUCGGCGGGGAGUUGGCUGCUGAGGACGAGGCGUUGACGAGGGUUAUGGCAGAACUUUUAUAAGGAUGUUAUUGUUUGAACCGAGGGGGUCUGGGGGUCUCCCCCAGUAUCUCUAAAUUAUAUGAAGUGUAAGGAUGUGAGGUGGUUACAGGAGUAUGAUAGACGAAGAAGGGGGUUGGGGUAGUAGCAACAGUGUACAGAUUAGGUGGAAGUAGGUAAAAGG